CCCAGUCGCCCCGCCUGGCCACAGAGGCCCAGGAGCCGCCCUGCGGGCCUGUGCGACCCCUCACAGCGGCACCUUUCUCCUGCGUCACCCGCCGUCCGCCGCCAUGGACUUGUAUUCUCCGCACCGGCUGGGGUUGCCCCGCGCGUGGUCCCCCAGCGGCUCUGGCCGCGGGUCGCCCUCUGUCAGCUGCAGCAGGCUCCGCCAGGUUCAGAGCAUCCUGACCCAGAGCAGCAAGUCUCGACCCGACGGGAUCCUCUGCAUCCUAGGAAUCGACAGCAGGUACAAUGAAGGCUGCAGAGAGCUGGCCAAUUAUCUUCUCUUUGGUUUGUACAAUCAGAAUGUUGGUGAUUUUGAGAAAACGGGGUUUUCUGAAGAAGUUCUAGAUGAUGUAAUUAUACUGAUUAAAUCAGACAGUGUCCAUCUGUACUGUAAUCCUGUGAACUAUCGCUAUCUCUCACCCUGUGUGGCACAUUGGAGGAAUCUGCACUUCCACUGCAUGACCGAAAAUGAGUAUGAAGAUGAGGAAGCUGCAGAAGAAUUUAAAAUUGCCAGCUUCGUGGACAUGGUUCGAGACUGUAGCAGAAUUGGCAUUCCUUAUAGCUCCCAAGGUCACUUGCAGAUAUUUGAUAUGUUUGUAGUGGAGAAGUGGCCAAUUGUACAGGCCUUUGCACUUGAGGGCAUUGGAGGGGAUGGAUUUUUUACCAUGAAAUAUGAGCUGCAGGACGUGAGUUUGAAUCUAUGGAAUGUCUACAGCAAGAUGGAUCCUGUGUCUCUGGAGAGUUUGCUUUCAGAAGAUUUGGUGACUUUUGAACAUCAGUGGACUAGCUUCUUUGCUAAUUUUGACACAGAAAUUCCUUUCCUGCUGGAACUUUCUGAAUCUCAGGCGGGUGAGCCAUUCAGAAGUUAUUUCAGUCAUGGAAUGAUCUCCAGCCAUAUAACUGAAAACAGCCCUAAUAGGCAGCCGUUUGUCCUCUUUGGUAAUCACUCCACGCGAGAAAACCUGAACGCUGGCAGCUUUAACUUCCCCUCUGAAGGGCACCUGGUACGCAACACUGGUCCCAGCGGGAGCAUUGCCAAACACAUGGUUGUACAGUGUGUCUCACCAAAGGGGCCCCUUGCUUGUUCAAGAACGUACUUUUUUGGGACUACUCACAUUCCUUACUUGGGUGAUAACAACAAGUUGCCCAAGAAAACUGAACCAAUUAGGCUCUUGUCCCAGGUAUAUGCUGCUGUUAUUGAGGCUGUUUUGGCUGGCAUUGCAUGUUAUGCUAAAACUUCCAGUUUAACAAAGGCCAAGGAGGUAGCUGAGCAGACCAUGGUAUCUCAGUUAGAGUCCUUUGAGCUGGUGCAGUUUAAGGCAGCCCUACGCUCCAAGAUGGCUUUUCAUAUACAUGCUGUGAAUAAUCAGGGAAGAAUUGUGCCUCUGGACGGUGAAGAUAGCUUAUACUUCGUGAAGACGGCUUGUAUGACCGUCUAUGAUAUUCCCGACUUGCUGGGAGGAAGGGGAUGCUUAGGGUCUGUGGUCUUCUCAGAAUCAUUUUUGACGUCUCAGAUCUUGGUUAAAGAAAAGGAUGGCACUGUUAACACAGAAACCAGCUUCAUAGUGCUGACAGCCGCCAUACCCAGAUUCUGCUCCUGGCUGGUAGAAGAUAAUGAAGUGAAAUUGUCGGAAAAAACCCAGCAAGCAGUGAAGGGAGAUGAGUGUUUCCUGGGCACUUUUCUAGCAGGAGGAGAGGGAGCAUAUCUUUAUUCCAGUAAUUCACAGUCCUGGCCUGAGGAAGGGAAAGUGAAUUUCUUCUCUAGCGGCCUUCUGUUUUCUCACCGUCAUCACGGAAGCAUCAUCAUUUCCAAGGAUCACGUGAACUCCAUUUCGUUCUAUGAUGGGGAUUCCACCAGCAUCGUUGCUGCCCUUCUGAUAGACUUCAGAAGCUCAUUGCUUCCUCAUCUCCCAGUUCAUUUUCAUGGUUCAAGCAAUUUUCUGAUGAUUGCCCUUUUCCCCAGAUCAAAGAUAUACCAAGCAUUUUACCCAGAGGUCUUCUCCCUCUGGCAAAAGCAAGCUAACUCAGGGCUGUCUUUAAAAGUGAUCCAGGAAGAUGGAUUAUCUGUGGAACAAAAGAGAUUACACUCCCGUGCACAGAAGCUCUUCAGUGUCCUGAGCCAUUCUGCUGGGGAGAAAUGGAAUCCUCUAAAGCUACUGUCAGCCAAACUCCCAGAGCUGGACUGGUUUCUCCAGCAUUUCGCCAUCAGCAGCAUUAGUCGAGAGCCUGUGAUAAGGACCCAUCUCCCUGUCCUGCUCCAGCAAACUGAAAUCAACCCUACUCAGCAAGUAGAAAAUGACAAGAUCAUUGUCAGCAUUGUAACUGGCCUCCCAGGAUGUCAUGCUAGCGAGCUCUGUGCUUUCCUGGUCACUCUGCAUAAGGAGUACGGCAGGUGGAUGGUGUACCGCCAGAUCAUGGAUGGCUCUGAAUGUUUUCAUGCUGCCCACUUCCAGAGGUACCUUUCCAGUGCCCUGGAAGCCCAGCGGAACCUCUCUGCCCGCCAGUCAGCCUACCUCCGCAAGAAGACCAGACUGCUGGUGGUGUUACAAGGCUACAUGGACAUUAUCGAUGUUGUCCAGGCCCUGCAGACGCACCCCGACCCAAAUGUCAAGUCCUCCUUCACCAUCGGUGCCAUCACGGUGUGCGUGGAGCCCCUGAGCUGCUACAUGGAGCACAGAUUUCUCUUUCCUAAAUGUCUUGACCAGUGUUCACAAGGCCUGGUGAGUAAUGUGGUGUUCACCAGUCACACUGUGGAGCAGAGGCACCCUCUCCUCGUUCAGCUGCAGAACCUCAUCCGGGCUGCCAACCCUACUGCAGCCUUCAUUCUUGCAGAAGACGGGAUCGUCACCAGGAAUGAAGACAUCGAACUGAUUCUGUCUGAAAACAGUUUUUCAAGUCCUCAGAUGCUACGGUCUCGAUAUUUACUGUACCCUGGCUGGUAUGAAGGUAAAUUUGAUCCUGGAUCAGUCUUUCCACUAAUGGUUCAGAUCUGCGUGUGGUUUGGGCGUCCCCUGGAGAAGACUCGCUUUGUGGCCAAGUGUAAAGCAAUUCAGUCCUCCAUCAAGCCAAGUCCCUUCUCUGGAAACAUCUACCACAUCCUGGGCAAAGUGAAGUUUUCAGACUCGGAGAAGACCAUGGAGGUCUGCCACAACACUCUGGCCAAUUCCCUGAGCAUCGCGCCCGUCCUGGAGGGACCCACGCCGCCACCCAGCUCCCGAGGCACACCUCAGGACGGCAGCGGGCAGCAGGAGUGCUACCUCGUGUUCAUCGGCUGCUCCCUGAAGGAAGACAGCGUCAAGGACUGGCUGCGGCAGUCGGCGAAGCAGAAGCCUCAGAGGAAAGCCCUGAAGACCAGGGGUAUGCUGACCCAGCAGGAGAUCAGGAACAUCCAUGUGAAACGCCACCUGGACCCCCUGCCUGCAGGCUACUUUUAUAAUGGCACCCAGUUCGUCAAUUUCUUUGGUGACAAGACUGAUUUCCACCCGCUCAUGGACCAGUUCAUGAACGACUACGUGGAAGAAGCCAACCGGGAAAUCGAGAAGUACAACCGUGAGCUGGAGCAGCAGGAAUAUCACGACCUCUUUGAGCAGAAGCCUUAGAGGAAGGCUGCAGAGUGUCCACUCUGGAUGGAGGUGGACAGAAUGGGCUGUCUGAGCCCCAGUUCCACGAGGCCCCUCCCUGGAGGGGCUCUUUGUUCUCCUUGGCCUUUGAGUGCUGGCUUGAGUGCAUGUCGUCUUUUUUCUCUCUGCAGCGCUGAAGAGCAUCACCUGCACCACAGACUGGGGGGAGGGGUCCUCACCGAGGCUGAGCAGACAGUGACUGCGCCGUGUGUGCGGCUGGCAGUCCAGGACUUCUAGGUCUCUGAUAACAGUGUCUCCUUUGGGCUGUUGCGGCACCGUACGAGGGAGGGGAAGGUUUUUGGAUUGCACAGAGGAGCUGCUGGGAUGCAGAAGGAACCCUAGCUACCCAAACUGGGACCACUCCUGGGGAGGGCCAGGCCACCACAGACUUCAGGCCUCAAGACAGUGACCCAGAAAAGCCCUAUCCCCAGUGCCUGCCUCCCUGGCCAGGCCCCUUCCACUGAAGGAGCUGGCCCUGCUGGCCCCGGGCCCAGCUCUGGGGCGAGCAGCGUAAGUCCUUCCCCAGCCCAGCCCAGAGCCAGAAGCUUGGGCUGAGGUCAAUAGCUUGUUUUAAAACGAGGGGAUUUUCCUUAUGGACUAAACAGGAAAGGUGUGCUGCCCUCCAGACGUGGAUGGCUGUUGAAUUGACACAAGCAGCCCGCCUUGGGAUUGGUUUGAGUUCCUCUCGUGGUAUCACUCUGGUCUGCCUAAUUCAGGGACCAGAGCGAGCCUGUUGCUGGAACCUCCCUGGCAAUGCUUUGCCUCACUGUUGAGGGGAGUGUCCUGCAACUGCUUAGUCUUAAGCACUGAUCACGAUUGUGUGUCCUUGAAGGGGGUUCAGUCUCUUGCACCCGACCCUCCCCUCAGCCUUACCAAGGAAGGCCUGGUCUGCAGCCACAAAUUAGAGAAAACCCAUGCCCCUGAGCAUUGUUCCUAGCCCUGGACCUUUGGGCUCCAGGGGGCCAGGAAUUUCAGAGAAUCCCGGUAUCCAAAUUAGAAUUCCUUCCAGUGGCUUUGUUUUUGGAUGGACCGUAAAGCAGAGGGGAAUUACAAGUGUGUCCCUCCUGAAGUUGUGCCUGACCUCCAGAAUCCAUGUGGCAGAGGGGGUCAUGAGCACUGAUAUUUAGGUGAUAUCUGUUAGGACUUCAGCGCCUCAGCUGCCUAGAUUGUAAAUGCUUUCUGAAGUUCACUUUUUUUUUUUUUGCAUGCCUUAGGAACAGCCACAUAGGCAAAACCAGCAAUGUUUCCAAUAAUGUAGGGGGUUUGAGAAAAGCCCCUGGUGCAGAGGAGAGUUGGGACAGGACGAAGCACACGUGGUCCGUGUGCCUGCUCACACGGGGGUCUGCCUGCAAGUCCUAAAGCAGUUGUCACAGGGGCUUGUUGGUGACAUGAACUGACUUAUAUUAGAAAAAAAAAAUUUGUAUUUGAAGCCAAAUGAACAAAACUCCAGGAUCACUGGUUAAGAAAUCUUGCAUGCAGAAAAGCUUCUGAAAAGGCCCGUGUGCUCCAGUCCCAGCUCCCAUAGCCACUGGUGACAAGGCCCCAAGUCAGAGAGCCCCUGAUGUCUGGCUGGCCAGAGCUUGGGGUUCACAGUGGGCCUGCCUCUGCUCCAGAAUCAAUAACAUAGAUCUUAAGUGCAAUUGAUAAAAUAAGCAAUGAGUUACUGUAGCUUCCUUUAGCUCUACUGAGCUCUUUUUAAAAACUCAAACUUGAGCAGCCUUAGAA